AUGGUUGAGCUAGAAGAGAGUGAUGGAGCUGAGGAGAGUGUCGGAGCUGAACUGGAGCUAAGUAGGAGUGACACUGAACCAGAAGCUGAUCAGGAGCUAAGUGAGAGUGACAUAGAAGAUGAAGUAGAAGCAGCUCGAUCCAAAGAAGAGAAGCCCAUAUCCGAUCAAACUCAAGACCCAUUCUACUUAUCACAAGGGCCAAUCACAAGAUCUCAAACCAGAAGAUUGAAGAAUUCGAUUGCAGCCUUGGAAGUCAUGUCUGAAAGUGAUCUGGAACGAGAGGGAAGACCAGCAGCUAGACUGGAUAAAACUCAGAUGGGUGCCUUGAUAGCUACUCUUAUGCAUGAGAUGGAUAAAAAGCUUGAGUUUGCUGGGGUUACCCGUUCUACUAAUGAUGUUUUGGGUAAUACUUCACAGGUUAGGAGAGCAGCUAGGGAAAAGAGGAGAGGAAAACGACCUACCGUUGCUAAUGAUCUAGACUCCUCUUCUGGACGUAGCACAGAUGAAGAUCGAACAGAAAGGUCCAUCAGGUCAGGACGUGCAGCUUCUCAAACCAGAUCAGACCGUGCAAUGUCUCAAACUAGACAUACUACUCGACGUGCACCAAGGGAGAGACCUGAUGAUCGUCUUGGGAACCUUAAGCUUCGGAUACCUGUCUUUGGAGGCACUAGCAAUCCCGAUGACUAUCUUGAUUGGGAGAAGAAGAUUGAAUUGGUGUUUGACUGCCAAGACUAUUCGGAAAAGAAGAAGGUGAGGCUUGCUAAACGCUUUGUGCCAAGCUAUUAUGGGAAAGAUGUGCAUCAAAAACUCAGAAGGCUUACCCAAGGCACGAGGGGAGUAGAGGAAUACUAUCAGGAGAUGGAAACUCUUAUGCUUAAAGGUGGUGUAGACGAGUCAGCUGAAGCUACCAUGGCUCGCUUCCAGGCUGGGUUAAGCAGAGAUAUUCAGGAUCGCAUAGAGAUGUAUGAGUAUGAGGAUAUCUUUGAGUUGCUACACAAGUCUAUCCUCAUAGAGCAGCAACUAAAGAGAAAGCAUCCAACCAAGGGUUCCUAUGGCAACAACUACAAGACGUCCACUACCAAGGAUGAGAAACCAAUUGUGAAUGCAAAGGAGGAACUCAAGGGAUAUCAGCGUGAUGAUAAAGGAAAGGCACCAGCAACCAGAGCAAGAGAUGUGAAGUGUUUCAAGUGUCAUGGUUUUGGACACUAUGCCAAUGAGUGUACCAACAAGAAGGUGAUGCUACUUUUGGGUAAUGGUGAUAUGAUAUCUGAGGAAGAGAAUGUUGAUGCCUCAGAAGAAGAGUUGAUAGACUAUCCAGUCCGAGCAAAGCUUGGAUUGAAAACAGGAAAGCAUCCUAAACCUUACCCACUUCAAUGGCUGAAUGAAGGAGGCGAGUUGAUGGUUACUGAACAAGUAAUGGUUCCUAUAACCAUUGGGAGAUACCAGGAUGAGAUAGUGUGUGACGUUCUACCUAUGGAUUCCAGCCACAUCCUCUUAGGAAGGCCCUGGCAGUUUGAUAAAAGAGCAAUCCAUGAUGGUUUUACAAACCGCCAUUCUUUCACCCACCGAGACAAGAAGAUUGUUCUAGCUCCCUUAUCUCCACAAGAAGUGCAUGAGGAUCAACUGCAGCUAAAACUCCGACGCCAAGAAGCCAAGAAAGAUUCAACUGAAUCACAUAAGAUGGGGUCUAAUCUUAUGGCCAAAAACAGUGAGGUUAAGAAAGCUUUCUUUCUUAAACAACCUUUACUUCUCUUUGUUUUUAAAGGUGCACUAACUGCUUCUAACCUUGCACCGGAGCUUCCGAAAGACCUUCAAUUCAUCUUGCAGGAUUAUGGUGAUGUGUUUCCAGAAGAUAGUCCAGCAGGUCUGCCUCCUUUCCGAGGUAUUGAACACCAAAUAGAUCUGGUUCCAGGCGCCUCUCUUCCUAACCGGCCUGCCUAUAGGACCAAUCCAGAUGAGACCAAGGAGCUGCAAAGACAAGUGGAUGAGCUGAUGGAGAAAGGGCACAUCCGAGAGAGCAUGAGUCCAUGUGCUGUGCCAGUACUUUUAGUGCCCAAGAAAGAUGGAAGCUGGCGCAUGUGUGUUGACUGCAGAGCCAUUAACAACAUUACUGUGAAGUACAGGUAUCCUAUUCCUAGGCUCGAUGAUAUGUUAGAUGAAUUGCACGGUUCUUGUGUGUUCUCUAAGAUAGAUUUGAAAAGUGGUUAUCAUCAAAUUAGGAUGAGGGAAGGGGAUGAAUGGAAAACUGCUUUCAAAACAAAACAUGGGUUGUAUGAGUGGCUUGUUAUGCCAUUUGGGCUUACGAAUGCACCUAGCACUUUCAUGAGAUUGAUGAAUCAUGUUCUAAGAGCUUUCAUAGGUCAUUUUGUUGUAGUAUACUUUGAUGAUAUCCUGAUCUACAGCAAAAAUAUGAUUGAACAUGUUAAUCAUUUGAAAACUGUUUUAGAAGUGCUUAGGAAGGAGUCUCUUUUUGCUAACUUCAAGAAAUGUACUUUUGGAGCAGAUCACCUUGUGUUUUUAGGCUUUGUUGUUACAGCUCAAGGAAUCAAAGUGGAUGAAGAAAAGAUCAAAGCAAUCCGAGAGUGGCCUAUUCCAAAGAAUGUGAGUGAGGUCCGGAGCUUCCAUGGUUUGGCUGGUUUCUACAGGAAAUUUGUGAAAGAUUUCAGCACCAUAGCCGCACCACUCACUGAGGUAAUCAAGAAGAAUGUGGGUUUUAAAUGGGAUGAUGCACAAGAAGAAGCUUUCCAAACCUUGAAAGGGAAGUUGACUGAAGCUCCUUUACUUGCUUUACCUGAUUUUUCUAAGACUUUCGAAAUAGAAUGUGAUGCUUCUGGUGUAGGAAUUGGGGCUGUACUGAUGCAGGAGAAGAGACCAAUUGCUUAUUUCAGUGAGAAGCUAGGAGGAGCCAUGGCGAAUUAUCCCACCUAUGACAAGGAGCUAUACGCUUUGAUCAGGGCCCUAGAGACUUGGCAACACUACCUUUGGCCAAAAGAAUUCGUGAUCCACACUGAUCAUGAAUCACUCAAACAUCUUAAAGGGCAGCACAAGCUUAACAAGAGGCACGCCAAAUGGGUAGAAUUCCUUGAAACUUUUCCUUAUGUGAUUCAUUACAAACAAGGAAAAGAAAAUGUGGUAGCUGAUGCUUUGUCUAGGAGGUAUGCCUUGCUUGCUGCCAUGGAAACAAAACUGUUAGGAUUUGAUCAGAUUAAGACUUAUUAUGCUGAUGAUCCUGAUUUCAAAGUAGUGUUCAAAGAUUGUGAAAAGCAUGCUAGUGGGAAGUACUUUAGGUCUGAUGGGUUUCUUUUCUAUGAGACUCGUGGACUAAUGGGACACUUUGGCGUUGAUAAGACACUCAGCACCUUGAAGGAACACUUCUACUGGCCAAGCAUGAGGAAAGAUGUUGAGAAACACUGCAGCCGAUGCAUAGUUUGCACUCAAGCUAAAGCUAAGAACCGACCUCAAGACUUAUCAAUGGAUUUUGUGCUUGGAUUGCCUAGAACUAAGAGAGGAAGGGAUUCGAUUUUUGUGGUAGUAGACAGGUUUUCAAAAAUGGCACAUUUUAUUGCUUGCAACAAGACUGAUAGUGCUGUUAAUGUUGCUGAUCUUUUCUUUAGAGAAGUUGUUAAGAAGAACAUUGAAGAAAGAACUAAGGCUUAUGCAAAGCAAGCUAACAAAAAGAGGUGUGAGCUGAUUCUAGAGCCAGGAGACUUGGUGUCAAUUUACUUGAGGAAAGAUAGGUUCCCUGCUGAAAGGAAGUCUAAACUUCUACCAAGGACAGAUGGUCCUUUCAAAGUGCUUGAACGGAUCAACAACAAUGCUUAUAAAAUUGAUCUUGAAGGGAAGUACACUGUUAGCUCUACUUUCAAUAUUGCUGAUCUGAUUCCUUAUCAUGCUGACGAGUUGCUAGAAGAGAGUGAUGGAGCUGAGGAGAGUGUCGGAGCUGAACUGGAGCUAAGUAGGAGUGACACUGAACCAGAAGCUGAUCAGGAGCUAAGUGAGAGUGACAUAGAAGAUGAAGUAGAAGCAGCUCGAUCCAAAGAAGAGAAGCCCAUAUCCGAUCAAACUCAAGACCCAUUCUACUUAUCACAAGGGCCAAUCACAAGAUCUCAAACCAGAAGAUUGAAGAAUUCGAUUGCAGCCUUGUUGCUUGAGUACUUGCGUAACCUUAAAGUCGUUGAUACUCCAUGCAGUAAAUAUCAACGUUCUUCCGCCUCGUUUUCGUUUGCUAUCGCUGAAAAGUUUGCACCUUCUGUCGGUGAACUCCUCAUUGGGCGAUGA